UGACUCUGUUAUCUUGUUUUAUGUCAGAGUUGCUUAUCAAUGACGGACAUUUAAUGUCAACAUGUGCUGCCUGAUAUUUGCACUUUUCCUCGUUCUAUAUGUUGUUUAUAAAGUUUAUGAGUACCACAAAGGAAAAACCUUUGUUGGGAACAAAAAUAAUCGUUACGUCCUCAUCACAGGGUGUGAUUCUGGAUUCGGAAAUGAGUUAGCCCGUGUACUGGAUAAGCAGGGUGUUCCGGUGUUUGCAGCUUGUCUUACUGAGAAGGGUGGAACAGAACUGAAGAAACAUGCAUCAUCACGACUCCGUGUUUUACAACUUGACGUUACGGAUCAGGACAGCAUCUGUAAUGCUGUGGAAUAUGUAAAACGUUAUUUGCCUAGAUCUACAGGUUUGUGGGGACUCGUCAACAAUGCAGGUUUACAGGUUUUACAUGCACCUUUGGAAUUUCAAUCUCAUGAAGCUAUCGAAAAAUGUUUAAAGGUCAACCUACUUGGUUCGAUUGACGUAACAAGGUCAUUUUUGCCUCUCUUGAGAAAAGCCAAAGGAAGACUUGUAUACCUAUCUAGUGACAGUGCUUUCAUGGAGUGGCCGUGUCGGGCACCUUACGUCAUCAGUAAAUUUGGAAUUGAAGCUCUUGCAGAAUGCCUAAGACGAGAAUUGUAUCAAAUUGGUGUGACGUCACAUACUAUCCAACCAGGGCCAUUUAAAACCAGCAUUGUAGACCCAAACGAGAUGAAAUCUACUCUACAGAAGGCGUUUGACAAAGUAGACGAAGAAGUGCAACAAUUCUAUGGACAACAGUGGUUAAAGAAAACAAAGGAGUCGUUCGAAGGAAUACCAAAGAUUCAAUGUGAGGAUCUUUCCCCGGUGACGAACGCCAUCUGCCACGCCCUAUUUUCUGUAAUUCCGAAGAGACGCUACCGAUGCGGAAGAAUCUGUGAAUAUUACUUCUAUCCCAUGUCUUUACUACCUGAAUGGUUAAACACAUGGUACUGGGCAAUGAAUCCACAGCCGGACGCAGUAACACCUGUACAUAAUUAAAAUUUAGAUAAUUUUUUUCGCAUUUUUCUUCUUUUAAUGCAACUCCCCUCCCCUUCUUUGAAAGUUGAGCGAUUAUAUACCGGUAUGUUGAAGAUUUUUUUAAUAACAUUUAUGUAAUAUAAUAAGAAUUUGAUUACAGUUACAUUAUUGAUUCUAAGAGAACCACAUAUAUAGUCCUUGUCGCAAGGAAUCAUAAAUAUAAUUCUUUUUUUUCCUGACAUUUCUUUAAAAUCA